AUGGGCCCGAGGACCGGGCCCAAAGCCCAGCCCAUUUACGGGUUGGGUUGGGUUGGGCUUUGGGCUUUGUGGGCCGGUGCGGAAGGCUCAUUCCUAGUGUGCCCUCUUAGGGCACCAUCGACCACCUCUCUCCAAGGCAAAGCCGGCAUAGUGACAGGCUCAAACACUGGCCUGGCAUACCAGGCCUCAGCCCAGCUACUAAAGCUUGGUCUCCCGCAUCUCAUACUAGCUGUACGCAGCCUUUCUAAAGGCGAAAUUGCGCGCAAUUCCCUCCUCGUCUCCCUUCCCAAGUCUAUCAAGCCUCCCGUUGUCGAAGUCUGGGAGCUAGACUUGGAAAACUAUAGUAGUAUUACCAGUUUUGUUAGGCGUCUCCAGCAAUCUGGCAUCUGUAUCGACUUCGCCCUCCUCAAUGCCGGCGUUGCCAGCUUCAACUAUACCCAGGCUCUAUCGACAUCGCACGACACUGCUCUGCUUACUCUGCUUCUCCUUCCGGUUCUCAACAAACAGGAUGUGGUCAACCCCACCUGUCCCCGCUCGGUGAUCUCAAUCGUCGGUAGCGAAGCUGCUGCUUGGGCAAAGUUCAAAGAAUCCCAGGUCUCUACUGCGAAGAGUCAUCCCCUCAUCAAGGUGCUGGAUGACAAGACGCAUUUUGACAUGGGUGAUCGAUACUACACGUCGAAUCUACUCUAUCAGCUCUUUUUCCUAGAGCUUUUCCGCAGCCACAGAUAUGUUUCCCAAGGUGCGAUUCUCAGUCCCGUCAAUCCUGGCUUUUGCUAUGGAUCUGAGUUGCAUAGUAGAGCUGAGGGGGCUCUUGGGAAGGUCUUUUCUGGUAUGAAGAGGGUUGUGGGCCGAUCUGUCUCUAUGGGUGCUCAGACCCUUGUUCAUGCGGCAGUACUGGCUGGCGAGAGCGAAGAUGGUAGAUAUCUGAGUGAUUGUAAGGUAGCUCCGUUUUCAGGGUAUGGGGAGAGCUGUGCUGGUCGGAAGAUGCAAGCUCAGGUGUGGGAGGAAACUGUGGGAGAUCUAAAUCGGGUAAUGAACAUUGACAGCCUGUUGGCAGAGAUUUGA